UUUGUAUACGUCCAACUGUUAUAGAUCCAACCGGCGAAUGGGCGGAAGGAUAUUGCACUGUUGUUUAUAAAAACCGUUUCGCUGCUCAUUGUUCGUGAGACAGCAGAGAGGAUUCAGAAGCGUUAGCGAGAAAUAUCAGCGGGAAUCAUUUGUUUUGUCAAGAUGCAGAUCUUUGUGAAGACCCUGACUGGCAAGACCAUCACCUUGGAGGUGGAGCCCAGUGACACCAUUGAAAAUGUGAAGGCCAAGAUCCAGGAUAAGGAAGGCAUCCCCCCUGACCAGCAGCGUCUGAUCUUUGCCGGCAAGCAGCUUGAAGAUGGUCGCACCCUCUCUGACUACAACAUCCAGAAGGAGUCCACCCUUCACCUGGUCUUGCGUCUUAGAGGAGGUAUGCAGAUAUUUGUGAAGACCCUUACUGGCAAGACCAUCACCUUGGAGGUGGAGCCCAGUGACACCAUUGAAAAUGUGAAGGCCAAGAUCCAGGAUAAGGAAGGCAUCCCCCCUGACCAGCAGCGUCUGAUCUUUGCCGGCAAGCAGCUUGAAGAUGGUCGCACCCUCUCUGACUACAACAUCCAGAAGGAGUCCACCCUUCACCUGGUCUUGCGUCUUAGAGGAGGUAUGCAGAUAUUUGUGAAGACCCUUACUGGCAAGACCAUCACCUUGGAGGUGGAGCCCAGUGACACCAUUGAAAAUGUGAAGGCCAAGAUCCAGGAUAAGGAAGGCAUCCCCCCUGACCAGCAGCGUCUGAUCUUUGCCGGCAAGCAGCUUGAAGAUGGUCGCACCCUCUCUGACUACAACAUCCAGAAGGAGUCCACCCUCCAUCUUGUGCUCCGUCUGAGAGGAGGUAUGCAGAUCUUUGUGAAGACCCUGACUGGCAAGACCAUCACCCUGGAGGUGGAGCCCAGCGACACCAUUGAGAAUGUGAAGGCCAAGAUCCAGGAUAAGGAAGGCAUCCCCCCUGACCAGCAGCGUCUGAUCUUUGCUGGCAAGCAGCUUGAAGAUGGUCGCACCCUCUCUGACUACAACAUCCAGAAGGAGUCCACCCUUCACCUGGUCUUGCGUCUGAGGGGAGGUAUGCAGAUCUUUGUGAAGACCCUGACUGGCAAGACCAUCACCCUGGAGGUGGAGCCCAGUGACACCAUUGAGAACGUGAAGGCCAAGAUCCAGGAUAAGGAAGGCAUCCCCCCUGACCAGCAGCGUCUGAUCUUUGCCGGCAAGCAGCUUGAAGAUGGUCGCACCCUCUCUGACUACAACAUCCAGAAGGAGUCCACCCUCCAUCUUGUGCUCCGUCUGAGAGGAGGAAACUAAUCUGCUUAAAGAUGUCUCUGCACACCUGCAGUAUCCAGUGUUAAAAUUGCUCUGUCUGAUCAGCUGUUAGUCAUUCCUUUUUAAGUUUCAAUAAAGGUUGAACAUUCCUGAAUUCAUAAGUUGCAUUUUGUCUGCCUUAGCUAACAGUUUAUGCUAAAAGAAAAGCAAUUCAAUGCUAAGAAAUUGGAUGUGUGUUUGAAGUAUUAAGCAUUGAUUGAAAAGUCAAAGUUUAAAGUUGGAACUGUUACUUGAAAUGAUGUUGCAAACUAUCAUAAACAAUAAAAUGGCUUCUCACUGUCA